UGAGGGGCCCGAGUUCUGCGGGAGUUGUGGCUGCAGUGUGCAGAGAGAGAAAUAUAGAAUGGAUCAGUCAAGUUGAAAACACCGCGCACAGAGGAGUGAAGUGUACGCUCAAGAUUUAAGUUAAAAGUGCUUUGAUAGGACAACAUUUUACUUAUUUGAACAUAUAUAAGGUUGUUCAAUGCAAGAUGUGAGUUCUUCAGUGUUCAACCGAGUACAUUUGCCACUUUUACAUGAGAGACAUUAUGUACAAGUUUAGGGGCAUUAAAGGAGCCUUCAAUCCCUCCUUGGAAGGGUGAAGGGGAGUCAGGGACACAAGUUAUGGAUGAUGGCCGACGAAUACGGAGAGUUACACUUGCCGCAGUUAAUCUCCCGCCCCUCCCUAGUCCUGCCAAACCCACACUCCCUUCCCGGUCCUCUCCCUCCCUACCAGGUCACUCCUUACCUAGCAGAAAUUCACCCGUUGUCCACUCCCCUGCACACGCCUCCCGUGCUCUCAAAGGCGUGCAUCGCCCGCCUUUACCUUCUCGCCCUGGAGCAGCAGUUCGUCAACCGGCUCCUACCCCUCCUCCUAGACCAGACUCUACCCUUGCCACGCCCCCAGUCAGGCUGGAAGGCGGAGCAAUACCAUUCUCUAGUCUUUCUGUUAGUAAUAAUGUGCGUGUUGAAUCGCCAAGCUUGGGUGUUAUCUCCCCGUCCUUCUCGUCAUCUAGUUCCUCCAGUAGUCCUUUGGACCAAACUAUUUCCCUUACCAAUCCUAGAACUGUGAGACAACAAAAUGUUUAUGUGGAAACUCCUAUAAAAGGAUUAACUUCACAUUGUGAUUUAUCUGGUAAAGUUUGCUCUGUGAAAACCCGACCUAGAUCUAUCUCUAAUAAAGCCAAGUCAAACCAUAUAUCAGCUGUGAUUAAACAACCCCAAACCUGUUUACAAACGACAGAACCGCCGCCCCUCUCCUCGCCCUCGAUAAUAUGCGGUGAGUGCGGCCGUUGUCGUUGUGACGCUUGUCGGUCAGCGCGACCGCUGCCCUCCACCUGGCUGUGUGAUAACGGCUGUUUAUGCUCGGCAGAGACCGCUGUGGACACGUUAAGCUGUAUGUGUUGUGUGAAGGCUGGUUUAUAUCACUGUGGAGAAGGUUUAACCCGAGAUACUGAUACAAGGGAUGAAACCUGGGUUGAUAAACCUUGCUCCUGUGCUCCAACUAAAUGGUGUUUGAGAUGGGGCUGUUUAGCAGUUUUAUCAAUUCCUCUACCCUGUCUUCUGUGCUAUGCUCCGCUAAAAGGAUUAACUAACUUAGCGGAAACUUGUUACCAAUCCGCUACCAGUCAGGGGUGUAGAUGUAGUGAAGAGGCGGGGCACGGUUUGGCAAGCCCCACGGACAGUCAAAAAAGACUACUUAGUUGAAGAGUCCUCAAGUGAAAAAAGUGCAAGAAAAAAGGUUUCUAAUGAUUUGAAUCAAUUUUUCUUCAAGAAAGUUAAAUCCUACUGAAUUCAAUUCAUACAGAAAACCAGUUCUACGCCCCCCUCCCCACUCCCCUCCCCAUUCAAAUCGGCAUUCAUGUUGGACCGGACUGAUAGCGGGCAGACCACCUAUGCAUCGCUGGAUAUCCGCGCUACAGUCUAGAGUAGCGGGCAGACUCGCUCUAUAGCUCGCCUACCCUCGCCUAGGGUUGGAAGACAUAUGCCUGAAAGUAGUGAAAAAAAUACAAAUUAAUAAUUUUAUCGUACUGUCGCGGGGCGGGUGGAAUAUACAGGAGAUUCAUUCAUUAUCAGAUUGAUUAUUAUAAUCUUAUUUUAUGAAAUAUAUAAAUAUAUAUUUAUGUAAAUUUUCA